CCUUCUCGUUCAGGCGAUGGAGUAAAUACGAAUGCAAGAUUGAUCAAAAAGAGAACCUGAAAUUCUUCUGGCUUAUCAAAAUUAUUGACCGCCUGGGCGAUACCGUUAUUUGACUGACUACCAGUGUGUUCUACAAACACAAUCUACUCACACGAUGAAGUCCUUGUUGUGUAUUUUUACAAUGUGCGCCAUCUACGCUGGCGUACAAUGUCUUGAUUGCUAUAGUUGUAGCAUAUUUGAUGACCACUGUGGUUCUAUUACGUCGGACACCAAUUACACCACGUGCUCGCCUCAAGAUGAUGAAUGUAGUGAAGAAUACAUCUAUUUGCUUGGAAUGUUUAUCGCAUCAGUACGUUCUUGUGAACAUAACUGUAAUGUCACAAACCUGGAGUUUUGGAGUAGUGGCGUCGUGACGCGAUGUUGUGAUAGUGACCUUUGUAAUGACGCAGAUCAUACCGAUUUUGGCACGAGUUCUACAGUGAUUGCAUCCGGGACACUGAUCGCCAUGUCUAUUCUCGUAUCGAUCAGUUCACAAUAAAAUAACGUCGUGCACCCCAUGUUCGUGUUC